UAUAUUUAUAUAUAUAUACAUUGUAUCUAUAGGUGUAUAUAUGCAUAGAUAGAUACAACAAAAGGCAUAUUAUAUAAUACGAUACACACCAAAAGCAGAUCUUCGUCGUCUCAGAGGAGCUGCUGCUUUGCUUUCUUCGAGGUAAUUCGUCCAGACUCCAUUUUGAUUCUCAUCUCCAAUCCAUGGUGCUUUUUCCGAUCAACUUCUCCCUCUAGGGUUUCGCUUCUCUAUCCCCGAAGCUCAAUUGGCUGCCUCCAACCCAUUUAGUCGAAUUACUCUGUUUUUAAUAUAUCAUUUUGGAGAAGAGGAAAAUACCCAGAUUAGAGAAACCGACAAAAGGUGGCAAUUUGGAUUGUGGAGUACCAUUGUUUUUGGCAUAUGGAGACAUGUACGUGAAAGAAUCUUCUUCUGUCAAUUUGUUUUUUCCCUUGGAAGACUAGUCAACUGGUUCAAAGACUUGUCUUUUCAAGAUGUAUUCAAUGCCAGGCCUAGAAGGAAUGAGUACUCAUGAAGAAAUUAGAGAUAGAAGAUCAGAUUUUGAAAAUUCUGAAGAUGAGAGGAGGCGUUCGAAAAUCGGUAACCUCAAGAAGAAAGCGAUAAAUGCUUCUAAUAAAUUCACUCAUUCACUUAAAAAAAGAGGGAAAAGAAAAAUUGACUACAGGGUUCCCUCAGUGUCAAUAGAAGAUGUACGAGAUGAAAAAGAGGAAAGUGCUGUACAAGAUUUUCGCCGAAGACUCGUUGACAGGGAUUUGUUACCGCCUAGGCACGAUGACUACUAUACUUUGUUGAGAUUUUUGAAAGCUCGGGAUUUUAACAUUGAAAAGACUAUCCAAAUGUGGGAAGAAAUGCUUAACUGGAGAAAAGAGUAUGGAACAGACACUAUUUUGGAGGAUUUUGAAUUUGAAGAGCUUGAAGAAGUGUUGCAGUAUUAUCCUCAAGGGUACCAUGGGGUUGAUAAAGAAGGCAGACCAGUGUACAUUGAAAGGUUGGGUAAAGCUCAUCCUAGUAAACUCAUGCGUAUAACCACAAUCGAACGAUACUUAAAGUACCAUGUCCAAGAGUUCGAGAAAGCAAUACAGGAGAAAUUCCCUGCUUGUUCAAUCGCAGCCAAGAGACAAAUCUGUUCAACCACCACAAUAUUGGAUGUGAAUGGCUUAGGAGUAAAGAACUUCACUCGAACUGCUGCAAAUCUUCUGGCUGCCAUGACAAAGAUAGACAAUAGCUAUUAUCCUGAGACACUACAUCGAAUGUACAUUGUCAAUGCUGGUCCUGGCUUUAAGAAAAUGCUUUGGCCUGCUGCACAGAAAUUUCUCGAUGCUAAGACGAUUGGAAAGAUACAGGUUCUGGAACCCAAAUCCUUGUGCAAACUUUUUGAAGUCAUUGACUCAAGUGAAUUGCCUGACUUCCUGGGUGGAUCAUGUACAUGUUCUACUGAGGGAGGUUGUCUUAGGUCCAAUAAAGGACCGUGGAAUGAUCCUGACAUUAUGAAGCUCGUACAUGAUGCUGAGGCAACUUUUGUGCGGCAAAUCACCAGAGUGUCACAUGAUCAACUGAAAUUUGACUCUUAUGUACAGAUACGCCCAAUGAAGGGAAGGAGUAGUGAUACUUCAAAUGCAGAAUCAGGGUCAGAUAUUGACGAUCCAUGUUCUCCAUUGAGGCGAAGGAGUUCUGCAAUUCCAUGUUUGGCACCAGUACAUGAAGAAGUCAGGGCAUCAGAUUCAAAUGUAUACUUUAGCUGUGACGAUCAUUUUCCUUCAGAUGAGAAAACUAAUGGAAAUGAUGAAGAGGCAGGACGUGUCCAGGAUCAAUCACUAAAUAACAAUUGCAAUAAUAUUAGGAAUAUUUAUUACGAGGCACUACCUUCGGCAGGUAGUUCAAUUAUCCAUUGGUUCAAUAACAUCAAGGAAAAAUUAGACAAAAGGGAAUUCCAUCGCGGGGCUAGAGUGCUGAUGUCUUUCUUGUUCAGACUAUUCACAAUUUUCCGCAGUGAACGGUUUGAAUAUUGGAGAAGACAGAACAACAUUCACCCCUCUAACUUGGUUGAAAACAACACAAGUAUCCAUUCAGAAGCUGUUGAAGCUGAAACAUUAAAUGAAGAAGAUCGUGUCCUUCCGUGCAUGGAGCGUCUUCAGAGACUAGAAAAAGUAUUCACCGAACUCAGUAACAAGCCUCCUGCAAUUCCUUUGGAGAAGGAAAAGAUUCUCAUGGAAUCUAUGGACAGGAUUAAAAACGUCGAGAUUGACCUCGAGAAGACAAAGAGGCUGGUCCAUGCUACGGUGGUGAGGCAAAUUGAGAUUGCUGAAUUUCUGGACAAUCUACAAGAGUCAAGUUGUCGACAAAGAAGAUUGUUUUGUUGAAUGAAAGCUUAGAAAAAGAGAUUUGGGGUUGAAAUGAGUGAGUGGAAUGGUACAGUGAUGAUGGCACUCACAAUUGUUAGAUUUCUAAAUUGCUAAUGGGAUAGAUGGGGGAGGAAAGAGAAGACACUAAAUAUAAAUAGAUAAUAAUAUUAAAAAUAAUUAAUUUUUUUUUAGAGAGACAGAGAGAGAUGAAAGAAUUGCGGCAUGUUGAUGUUUCACUUGAGCUUCUUUGUGUUGUCUCUUGGCUAUAUGUAAUUGUAAUGUACAGCAAGCAAAUCCAACAGUUGAAUUGAAAGCCUCUCUUCCUUUC